GUUAAGACCGACGCUUGUGCCAGCGCGCGGGCGGCUCCUGGCAUUGGCGGGCGCUGGAGGCGCUGCGAGGGCGACAGCGAGUGCAAGAUGGCUGGCGGCGCGCCGCGGGCCAAGGGUGCUGUGCGGCAGGACUGGACGUGCAAGUCCUGCGCCAGCAAGAGAGGGCGAGCGGCCGUCAACUGGGGGACGGCGCUCAAGUGUCAGGGCUGCAGGCUGCCCACGGCCACGUGCUUCGGGGCGAACGUUCCGCUCCCGGCAGCGGCCCGGUCGAAGUCGAAGUCGAAGUCGGGUGCGGCGCUUGGCGGUGGCAGCGGCAAGGCACAGCGCGAACUUGCGGACCUCAAGAAGCAGCUCAAGGCCAGUGGGCCCGCCAGCGCUGGCGGGCCGCUCGGCGGGGCGCAAGCCAUGGAGGCCGACGUCGGCGAGGGCGUUGGUGCUGGCGACGCGGCGGUGCCCGCCGAGGUCCACUUGUGCGAGUCGGGCCUGCGCGCCAUCAAGGAUCAGACGGCGGACUGGGCCGCGGCACCGCGGGAGGAGCUGCGCGCCAGGUUGGGGAAUGCCAAGGUGCAUGCAGACCUCUUGGAGCAGCGGGUGGCGCUGCAGGCCGAGCUGGUGCAGCUGCAGCAGCAGGCGCCCCAGGCUACACCGCCGCGGCCGGCGGGCCAGGCCAUGGCGCAGGACGUCAUCGGUGGGCUCGGCAUCACGGUGGGCGAGCUGGAGGCCGUCGUGCUGCAGCUGCUGUUGGCCCACCCGAACGAGGAGCAGCCAGUGCCAGUGGAGGCGCAGAAGCGCAUGGCAGGCGCGCUGGGCGUGCGCAUUGCGGAGUUGUGCAUGUCCAAGCGGGCGCGGCGCGCGGAGGCCCCCGCCGAGGAGCAGGCCAGCGCCAGCCAGAACCUCGCCAGCACCGCAGGGGAGGAAGCAGUGCCUGGACGCGGCAGCGGCUCAGCCGUCGCGCCGCGCUGGCAGCCUGAGGGGGAGUUGGUGGAGCAGCUCCAGCAGCGGCUGCGGAAGCAUGGCCUGGAGCUCGAAGGCGGCGAGGGCAGCAUUUUCGCAGCGAGCGUGAUGGCGGGGGGGUCCCUGGCGCCGCGCGUCGGUGGCAUCUGCGAGCGGGCAGAGGCCGCGGCCCUCCUGGUCCAGCAGCAUCACGCCAGAGACAGCGACAGGCCGGCUGCCUUGCACCAGGCCGGCCUGGACCACGGGUACGCGGGGUUGUGGGCGCCAGCGGUCCAGGGGCCCCGCGGCGAGGGAGCCCCGCGCUGCUGGCCGCGCGUCUGGUGGCCGCCCAUGUGCACUGGGAAGUGGCGGGCGGGUUCGUCGCCAUUUCUGCAUAUUUCCCACGGCGUUGUGGGGUGGAGCGCGGACAGCCAGCACGUGGCGGCCGUUCUCAUGAAGUACUUGGCGAAGCUCAGCGCAGCUGGGAUCGACUGGGCCGAGGGCGGUGGCUUCAACAUGGGGCCCGAGAAGUGGAUCCUUCUGAAGCAGCUCCGCGGGGUCCGUGGACUGUGGGCGGCGGCAGAGGAAGCCGCCUGCAGGCCGCGUGCUGGGGCCUGGUCGACGCUGGACGACUUCCGUUUUGCAGCUUACGUUGCUCCGAGGCUUGGCAGGCCGCGGGUCGACGAGCACGGCGAGACGAAGCCGCACCUGCCCGUCGCAAUGGAGACGUGCGCGCAGGACCUUCCGAUGCAGGUGCGGGUGGUGAGGGGGCCGCGGCCGAUCGGCCCUGCGCCGCCCGUGGGCUGCAGCCGCGGCGUCGGGGACUGGCGCAGGCCCUUGGCCAAGGUGUGCGCAGCCGUCAGCCGAGAGCACCUCCCCGAGGCAUGGGGCGCCGUGGUGGCCACAGUCGAGCAGAAGCUCCUGGGCCGCUACGACGUUGUCGGGUAUGACAGGACCAAGUGCGUCGGCAGGCGGGCUCGGCACCUGAUGGAGGUCGGGGCGUACGUCGCCAAAGCGGUCCGACAACUCCACGGCGCCAGCCUCCUCUGCCCGCUGUUCAAGGCCCAGUCUGACAAGCUGGCGGGAUUCCUGAUGGAGGCGGCGGCGUUUCUCGGCAAGAUCAUCGCCAGCCUUGCACGCUGUCGCCCCUGCCGCACUGGGUGCAGGUUCGCGGGGUACGCUAACGGUGAGUAUGAAGCGGCCCUCGCGGCGCAGCGGAAGGAGUGGGUCACGUGGGCCAACGAGUCAUUGUCCCACGGAGCUGGCCGCGCCCAUCGGUGCUCCAAGUUCAGGGGCUUGCAGGGGGUGGGCACUGCCUGGCAUAGCCAGCAGCAGGACGCGAGCCCGCACCUGGCGUGCGAUCGGGAGAUGCAGCCGCGGGCAUAG